AGGCCAGGCAAUCGGAGCCACGCAGAGCAGAAGCACGAGGCAUCAGGACUUCUGGACAGAUCUUGCAAGUUAAUUGCAAGCCACUUAGGAGAAGGAUGUUUUCACGCUUGCUCAUCCUCUCUCUGCUGGUGGGGAACACAGCGUCGGGCCCGGUGAGCAGAGCAGAGCCUGCAGCAUCCAGGGACAUCACCACCUUUUUCCAGCUGGCUCAGGAAGACUCUUGGGAGAACGUUAAUCUCACCAGCAUGUCCUGUGAGGAUCGGAAGAACAGGACCUGGAUCACCCUGCAGCUGACCAACAGCAGCCUGACAGCUUUCCCCGUCUGCCUUCCGGAGGCCCUGGAGACCUUGGAUCUCAGCAACAACCUCUUAGAAGAGGUGAAUGGCACGGAGAUAGCAAACCUCCCACGGCUGCGCGUCCUCUCGCUGAGGCAGAACCAUCUCCAGGCAGUUAGAUGGGGAUCUGAAGCCCUCAGCAGUCUCCUCUCCCUGGACUUAAGCUUUAAUAAGCUGUCGUCGGUGCCAUCGUGCCACAGCUCUGCCCUGCCUAACUUGAGGUGGUUGUCCCUGGCUGGAAAUCCACUGAUUGAAAUCCAGCCGCUGGCUUUUUCCUGUUACCCUCAGCUACAGUUCCUAAACCUCUCUGCAACGCUGCUCGGGCAGGAUGACAGCAGAGGAAUUAGGGAGUCUGCUUUUGCCAUCAGCACAUCUCCCAGCGAGGCCACGAACAGGCCUGGAAACAACAUCAACGUGCUUGAUCUGAGCGGGACCUUUCUUGAGAAAAUUCAACCAGAGUGGACCAGAGAUUUGCCCAACCUCAGAUCGCUUCACCUGACAAAGAUGUCACGAUUAAGAAGCCUCGAUACUGACUUCUUCAAGUCCAUGCCUGGUCUCCAAGAGCUGAACUGUCAAGACUCCUACUCACUGGCUUUCGUGAGGACAGAGAUGUUUGACAGUGCUCCUCAUCUGAGCCAUCUCUCGUUUGAGAACUGUAACCUGAGUUCCUUUAAUCCUUGGAAUACCAAUUCAUCGGGUAGCAUCAUCAUCAACUUGUACGGAAAUCCUCUGUUGUGCAACUGCCAGCUCUCCUGGCUGCUCUCCAAGCCCAAGAAAGUUGUACUGCAAAAGGCUUGGGAGACUUUUUGCAACACAUCCCAGGAAGAUUGGGACAGACCUUCAACAUCUUUUUCACUGCUAGAGCUCUACAAUAAAUGCCAGUCUGAGCGAAACGUUACACUGCCCGAUUCAAACACACCCUCUCCCGAACGCGAUGCUUUCAGCCUUACCAGUUUUGAUGCAACUACCGUAGUAACAACAACCGACUCUGCUCCACUAACCAAAGACACUUCUACCAGCUCCCUAAUUCAGAGGAAUGUAAUGAGCACAACUGCAGCCAACCCAACUGAGCCGAUGCUCACAAAGGCCAACAGUUCCUCCCAGGAGGAGGUGGCAGUUUCCAAGUCCACGAGCCAUCCCCCUUCUUUUGUGUCCGUAACCAGCUCCCCAAGUUUUCUCCAAGAGCUCUAUAGUCACUCCUCAGAUUAUGGUUCCACGAAUCAAACUGAAACAGAUCAGCUAAAGAGAGAGCUCAGAACGACCGAUGCGACGUUUCCCCAGGAAGGCCCGUUCAACCAGCCCACUAGUGAUUAUUCUACUAGAGCAACAGGAAACCCCGAUGCCACUGACCAUUAUAUCCACUCCUUUGCCACUCAUGCCGGGGAAGGUACACCACAAACGAGCCUACCACAGCUGAACUCCACAAGGACCAACGCUCGGUCAGAGCCUGCAUCCACCAGAUCACUGAUACACUAUGUGGAUGACUACGAUUACGAUGAACAGUCAAUGGAAACCCCAGUGCAACUGGCAUACACCUCCUGUGACUACAACCCUUGCAGACACCUUCAGAAGCCGUGCAGUGAACUUCAGAGUGCAUCCCAAUGUUUAUGUCCUGGCACGUCGAGGGAAGAUGAGGUUCCAGACCCACCGAGGCUGAGAGAGGUGUCUGAAGUUACAGACAGCUCUGCACAGAUACACUGGUGCGCCCCAAAUUCAGUUGUUCACACCUAUGAGCUGAUGCUUCAUGCCCAAGGCAACGAGGACAGACAGUUUGUUCUGGACAAUAUUUAUUCCACAGCAAGGCAGUACACUCUGUAUAAUCUAUUACCAUACACCACUUACCACAUUUGUGUGACUGCUUCGAACAAAGCAGGGUCAAGCCAGACAGCAAGUCAGGGAAUUCCAGGUAAUUCGUGCACCAGAUUUAAAACAAAACCCAGCUACAAGUCUGUCUUUGCUGCUCUGUCUGCAGCAAGCGGACUCUUUCUCAUUUCCACAAUUAUUUUGUCUGUAUGUCUGUGUAAGGCAUGUAAAAAGCCUCAGAGUGAGCAAUAUGGUACACACUUAGUUUCUUAUAAGAACCCAGCCUUUGAUUAUCCGUUAAAACUACAAACAGCUAAUUAGCUUUAGAUGAUCAUUCUACACAUUCAAAGCUCACUGUCUCUAUCACCUUGGUAUGUUUUCCUGAGACUCAAAAUGUCCUUCAGCAAAACUAUGAAACAUCAGACUCCAUAGCCCUCAUGUUUCUAAGGGAGAGAAAAACACACAAAAAGAAAAACUAAUAACGAAGGUAGUCAAACAGAAAAAAGCCUUUGGACUCUUUCAUGUGCUACGCAGCAGCAAAUCUGGACACUAACCCUGAAAAGUUGUUUUUAUAAUCACCAACAAAUAUACUAGCAUACAUUUCACACAGCCCAGGUCUCCUGGGGCUCAGCGGCAAGGUGCUAUGCAGCUCUAACUCCAUUAAAGAACUCCGGUGACUGCAACUGCUCAGCCCAACUUCAGUUCAGGAAAAAGAAACAUGAAGAUUAAUUGUAAAAAAGGACGGUGCAGGAUCCUUAGGGCAGGGAUAAUAAGGUUUUUUCUGACUUUGUAUGAUGUUUUCCACAACGGAGGCUCCUGAGUGCUACCAUAAUACCAAUUUACAGGCAGUGAGGAGUUUGCAGUACAGCAGUAACCCACAGAAGAGGGAAGCACAUUAGCAUUUGCUUCACGAUUUUAAGCAGAGAUGAUUGCUCAGUCCCAUCUACAGAUUUAGCAGGCUGAUGAUUUACCCCAUACAGAGGCAAAGAGCCAAGUAAUGAAACAAUUUAAUGCGUAUGCUGCUGAGACUUGAAAAACUGAAAUCCCAUCCACUAGCAGCGGACAGUUACGCAGACAUUUUUCAAAUGUACUUUUGGGUGCUAAUUGCUGCUACAAAAAUAGUAAGAGAUGCUGAGAAUCUCAGUUCUUCAGCAGCUUUGAGCUUGCCAUUAAAAUUCAAAGAGAUGUUUGUGUAAGGGGAGGCGUUUGUCCCGAUCAAAUACUUCCUAUUCAGAGACCCAUAGGUUUAUGUUCCAGUAGCUGCGUGUUUCUGCUGCUGUAUACUGCUGUAUAGACACAAUAUGCAAAAUCCCCCCAGAUCUCAGAGUGUGAAAGGUGCUAUACAGUGUAAAAGAGUCUCUGUUCU